UCACGACGUGGCUUCGUGGACACAGCUGCCAAGAUGAGCGGCCGAAAUAGGGGCAGGAAGACCCCUCACACCAAAACCCGAGGCCGAGGUCGUGCCAGAGCCGGAGCUCGCCCUGCCCACCAUGCCGCGGCAUGCCCGCUGGCCCCUCCGCAGUGCCCACGGCUUCACCAGGACACCCCAGCAGCACAGGUGCAGGCUGGCGCGGGUGUGGGUGGCCUGGAAACCUCCACGCCCGCGACACCCCUGGGCCCCGGGGAGGAGGGGGCCUGCCGGCUGCCCCUCGAUUGUGGCCUCGAGCCCCUGGCGGAGGGUGGCGGGCAGGUGGUCCGCCCGUCGAAGGCCGCAGCGCUCAUGGAGCGCCUGGGAAGGGACACUCCCAUCGUGAGAACCGUGGGAGGUGUGGCACGGCCGAGAUCGGGCCCUCGUGGUGCAAACCGGCGUGGCGUCGUGAGGAAGAAGGGCCCUGGAACAGGUGGCGCCGCCGCCGCAGGGAGGGGCUCCCAGGUGAACGCUGUUGGGAAGGUGAAGAAGGAGCGGGAGCGUGCAGCCGUCUCCGCGGGAGAGGCGAAGAAGGAGGAGCGCAGUGCCGGGCCAGGGCCCGAGGCCAUCGCUGCCAGUGAGGACAGCCUGCAGGUCGUCCAGCUCAAGCUUGACUCCAUGAAUGCUCAGGCCGACCGGUCCUACCUUCGCCUGGCGCGCAAGUUCGGGCGGCUGCGCCUGCAGCACAUGGAGCGCAGGAACCGCCUCAUCCAGGGCAUCCCCGGCUUCUGGGCUCGAGUCCUCCAGAACCACCCCCAGCUCUCGGCCUUUCUGAGCAGCCAAGAUAAGGAGCUCCUCACCUACUUGAACAACUUGGAGGUGGAAGAGCUUGGCCUCGCCAGGUUGGGCUACAGGAUCAGGUUCUACUUUGGGCUCAACCCUUAUUUUCAGAAUAGGAUGCUUAUGAAGGAAUACGGCUGUGGCGCCUCGGGUCAAGUCGUGUCCCGUUCUACUCCGAUCCAGUGGCUCCCAGGCCAUGAUCUCCAGGCCCUGACCCAGCGCCACGGCCGUAGCUUCUUAGGGUGGUUUUCCAACCACAUCGCCAUUCAGUCUGACAAAAUUGUUGCGAUCAUCAAUGAGGAACUGUGGCCUAACCCCCUGCAGUACUACCGUAUGGAUGAAGGGGCCGGUGAAGAGAAAGGAAAGCAGGUCAGGCAAGAUCCAGCAAAGCAGCAGGUGGAAUCCGUCUGCCUCCAGCAUGACCAGUACAACCACAAGUCCUGCUACAUCAAGCCUAUUGACUUGCUGGCCGUGGUGUGCAUGCUGUACAUGUUUGGCAUCUUCCCUGUUGCUGCCCAUAAAAUCAGUGCACACUGA